UUAAAAAAAAUAUUAACAGUACACUAACCGCUUCGGACAAUGUAUGUUGUGACAUUAUUCGAUAAACAGUGUUUGUUAUUAAUGUAACUGAAAAUUUAGUUAAAUCGUUUAGAGUGCUUAAACAAUGAGUAAAAAUUUUAUUAAACUUCAACAAAUAGCAAAAUAUGCAACAAUGGCUGAUGUACAGGCGAGGUUUGUUUUACCGAAGAGAUAUGAAGGAUCUGGACCCAGUGUGUGGACGGAAUACAUUCAAAUGGCUAUAGAUUAUAAACCCCUCAAUCUUGGACAAGGUUUUUCAGAUUAUCCUCCUCCUGAAUACAUUAUGGCUAAUCUAGCCCAAGUUUCACUUUCUUCAAAUCCAUUAAUGCACCAGUAUACCAGAGGAUUCGGCCAUCCCAGACUUGUCAAAGCAAUAGCAAACCUUUAUUCCCCAUUGAUAGGAAGAGAGCUCGACGAAAGAAAUGAAGUUAUUACUACAUCUGGUGCAUACGAAGCACUUUUUUCUGCUAUCUCUGGACACACAGAUAAAGGAGAUGAGGUUAUUGUACUAGAACCAUUUUUUGACUGCUAUGAACCAAUGAUAAAAUACGCCGGGGGUGUUCCAGUAUUUAUUCCACUUACACCGAAAGAAUCUCAUGGUAAAUUACCAACAUCGGCCGAUUGGACUUUCGACAAACUGGAGCUAGAAAAGGCAUUUAAUGAAAAAACAAAAAUGAUCAUUGUAAACUCGCCUAAUAACCCACUGGGAAAAGUAUUUUCAAUGGAGGAAUUAACGUUUAUUGCAGAUCUAUGUAAGAAAUGGAAUGUUCUUUGUAUUUCGGAUGAAGUGUAUGAAUGGAUUGUUUAUAAGCCUCACAAACAUAUUAGAAUGGCUACGUUACCUGGCAUGUGGGAAAGAACCAUUACCAUUGGAUCUGCUGGAAAGUCAUUCAGUGUAACAGGUUGGAAGGUGGGCUGGGCGUACUGUCCGGAGUUUUUAAUGAAAAACCUACAGAUCGUCCAUCAGAAUAGCGUAUAUACUGGAGUUACUCCAAUACAGGAAGCUGUAGCUAUAGCAAUGGAGAAAGAAAUUGGGAGAUUUGGACGUGAUGAUUGUUAUUUUUUUUCUUUACCAAAAGAAUUAGAAGCCAAAAGGGAUUAUAUGUCUAAGAUGCUAAAGGACGUUGGAAUGAUUCCCAAUGUCCCUGAUGGAGGCUUCUUUAUGUUAACCGAUUGGUCUCCUGUUGAGUCAAAGGCUGAUAUGAAUUCGGAAACAGAUAAAUACAAGGACUACAGAUUUACCAAGUGGAUGGCUAAGAAAAUUGGACUUCAAGGAAUACCUUGUUCGGCAUUUUACAGUGAGCCACACAAACAUUUAGUGGAAAAUUAUGUCCGUUACUGUUUUAUAAAGUCUGACGAAACUCUGAAAGAAGCUGAGAAUAUCUUACAACGAUUGAAGGAAACUGACAAAUAGAUGUAUCAAGUUUUUGUGCAUCUGCUCCAAAUCUAUUGUGAAUCUUUUGUUAAAACGAAUAUUUGUAUUAUUUUUCUUUGUGUACAUAAAAUAAAUAAAAUAAAAUAUUUCGUAA